UCAGAGCAGCCCCGGCGCGCAGGCUUGUUCGUUACCCUGUAGAUCUGCAGUAGCAAAUCUGAUAUAUACGGCGAGGCACUGAAGUGUUCAUUGAUAGCAGAAAUAGAAGUUCCUAAACAGAAGAAGAUAGAUCUUGCAUUUCUUCCCAUUGAGGAAGAUAGCAGGUAUGAUCGCCUGAGGAGGGCCGGCCCCGCGCUGCAAGCAUGGCUUUCGCCCAGUCGCACAUUAUGGCAGCCAGAAGGCACCAGCACAGCAGACUCAUCAUCGAGGUGGAUGAGUACAGCUCCAACCCCACACAGGCGUUCACGUUCUACAACAUUAACCAGGGACGUUUUCAGCCCCCGCAUGUGCAAAUGGUUGAUCCUGUGCCCCAUGAUGCUCCCAAGCCUCCAGGAUAUACUCGAUUUGUCUGUAUUUCUGACACUCAUUCAAGAACUGAUCCCAUCCAAAUGCCAUAUGGAGAUGUGUUAAUACAUGCUGGUGAUUUUACUGAGCUGGGACUUCCUAGUGAAGUUAAAAAAUUCAACGAGUGGCUAGGUAGCCUGCCCUAUGAAUACAAGAUUGUGAUAGCAGGAAAUCAUGAACUGACCUUUGACCAGGAAUUCAUGGCUGACUUAAUCAAGCAGGACUUUUACUAUUUCCCUUCUGUUUCUAAGCUGAAGCCAGAGAGCUAUGAAAAUGUGCAGUCUCUUCUGACAAACUGCAUCUAUCUUCAAGACUCCGAAGUGACGGUGAGGGGAUUCAGAAUAUAUGGCUCCCCUUGGCAACCUUGGUUUUAUGGCUGGGGCUUUAAUCUUCCACGAGGCCAAGCACUAUUAGAGAAAUGGAACCUUAUUCCAGAUGGAAUAGAUAUUCUUAUUACACACGGACCACCUCUCGGUUUUCUAGACUGGGUUCCUAAGAAAAUGCAACGGGUAGGAUGUGUUGAGCUGCUGAACACGGUCCAGAGACGAAUACAGCCAAGGCUUCAUGUUUUUGGACAUAUCCACGAAGGCUACGGCGUCAUGGCCGACGGGACCACGACCUACGUGAACGCGUCCGUGUGCACUGUGAACUACCAGCCUCUCAACCCGCCCAUAGUCAUUGACCUGCCCACGCCAAGGAACACAUGAUUGUUGGAUAGGUUCCGUGUCGUGCUCCACACAUAAGCAACUUUGUAUUGCUGGCGGAGAAUCCCGGUUGGGAACUGUUCAACAACAACAAAAAAAGCAAAACUUUCUUCUUUUUUUCCCUGUUAGUUCUUCAGAGAUAAAUUUGAGUGACAAAAACAGAUGAGGAACAAAGACAUUUUGGUGCCGUUACCUGCCAGAAGCAGAUUAAGACUUUAGCAUUUCACCGUUAAAAUAUUUGUGAACACAGAAAAAGUGAAUGCAUUCCAUAUAUA